AUCAAAAUGGCACCACAAUCUGUGGCAGAAUUCUACGCCAACAAGACGAUCUUCCUCACGGGCGCCACAGGCUUUUUGGGGAAGGUCCUUGUGGAGAAAUUCCUCAGAUCCUGCCCUGAUGUGGAGAAGAUUUACAUGCUCAUGAGGCCAAAGAGAGGGCAAAGCACCAAGGAAAGAUUGGAAGAGUUUCUAUCCUGUAAGAUAUACGAACGUCUUCAUGAAGAAUCUCCGAAAUGUUUCGAAAAGCUAAAAGUGAUCAAAGGCGAUAUUCUGGUGGAGAACAUGGGAAUCUCGGAGGAAGAUCGACAAAUUCUACAGAGAGAGUGCGAGAUUGUAUUUCAUUGUGCUGCUUGUGUUAGAUUUGAUAUGCCGCUCCGAGAUGCUGUCAAUUUGAACACCGUGGGAACCAAAAGAGUCUUGGAACUGGCUGAAGGAAUGAAGAAAUUGGAGGUGUUUCUCCAUACAUCAACAUCGUACUGCCGCUGCGAACUACCAGUCUUAGAAGAGAAGCUGUACCCCGCCCCCCAUCGGCCGCAGGACGUGGUCCAUUGUUGUUCAUGGAUGGAUGACCCGCUCUUAAAUCACAUGGAGCCCAAAUUAAUGGAGCCUCAGCCAAACUCGUACGCAUACACGAAGUCUCUGACAGAAGAUCUGGUGUCGCAGUACGCUGGGAAAUUUCCCAUUGUUAUUGCCAGACCUUCUAUUGGUAAGUGUGGUUACCGUUGA